AGCUUUCUGUUUUGGUUGCCCUGCCAGCAGCAGCCCGUCUGGUCUGGAAGAGGAGGAGGGUGAAACUGAGCCAGCCCGUAGUCUGCCUUCCGCUUUCUGGGGCUGGAUUGACACACAAUGAGGAGCAGAGGCUGGGGAGACGCUCCACACAAACGCCGCUGUAAAUAAAUACAACAAUCACUGAGGCCAGAGAAACAUGGAGAACCAGUGCACAGUGCAGGUGAAGCUGGAGUUGGGCCACAGAGCUCAGCUAAGGAAGAAAGUGACAUCAGAGGGCUUCACCCACGACUGGAUGGUGUUUGUCCGAGGGCCAGAGACUGGCGACAUCCAACACUUUGUAGAGAAGGUUGUCUUCCGCCUGCACGAGAGCUUCCCCAAACCCAAGAGAGUAUGCAAGGAGCCUCCAUAUAAAGUGGAGGAGUCGGGCUACGCAGGCUUCCUCAUGCCUAUUGAGGUUUACUUCAAGAACAAGGAGGAGCCAAAAAAGGUGUGUUUCAACUACGACCUAUUCCUCAACUUGGAGGGCAACCCGCCAGUCAACCACCUGCGCUGUGAGAAGCUCACCUUCAACAACCCCACCAAAGAGUUCAGGAGAAAGCUGAUCAAAGCUGGAGGGGUCUUGGUGGUUCCAGAGGGGGCUGAAGCCGUGUCGAGGCCCAGUCCAGACUACCCGAUGCUCCCCACCAUCCCCCUCUCUGCCUUCUCAGACCCCAAGAAGACCAAGACCUCUCAUGUGUCAAAGGAACCCAGCAAAGAGGGUAGUAGUGGCAGCAGCAAAGGACCCAAACCGCACAAGCUGACCAAGGAGCACCGUGAACGGCCCCGAAAAGACUCUGAGAGCAAAGCCACGUCGAAAGCAGACAACGACAGAGACGGAAGCAGCAAGAGUGGCCGCGAUCCUUCGUCUUCCUCAUCCUCAUCUUCAAAAAAGCCGACAGAGAUCAAAGUGAAAGAUGAAGCAGUUAAGGUCCUACCCAAGGCUGCCUUCAAGGAGCCUAAACUCACCCUGAAGGAGACAAAGAUGGAGGGCAUGUCCCCUAAAGGAGGGGGGGCUGGGAGUGGAGGGGGUGGUGGUACGGGAGGAGGCGGUGGUGGGGGAGGAGGCGGAGGCGGGGGAGGGCCCUCAGAAACGAAAGUCCCGGGGAAACGACCCUCCACGGUCGAGUCUCCCAAACCCAGCGCUAAGAAGCAGAAGAAGGGCAGCUCCGAAGGGCCGAAGGGGCCGACCUUCACGGGAACGUCUCCUCGUGUCUCCUCGUCGUCUGCAGUCGGCCAGCCGUACGCAGAGAAGAAACCACCCAAGGAAAAAGGUCGCUGGCCCAAAGGCAAAAAUGACACACAGGAACCGAAGGAGCCCAAGAAACUUCCAGAGUCGGAAGAGUCAAAUUCAGAAGACGAAGCAUCGUCGAAGUCAGAGCAGUCGGCCCCUUCCAGUCCUUCCAACUCCAGUUCGAGCUCUGACUCCAGUUCGGAUUCGGACUUUGAGCCGGGAGCGAAACAAGGGCAAGGCCCCCUUCGAUCGAUGGUGGAGGAGAUCCAGUCAGAAGAGUCAGACGAUGACGACAGCACCUCAGAGGAGGAGACGCCCAUCAAGACCAACCCCCCGAACCGCGACUCUCGACUCAGCCUGGACAGCGAGAGUGACAGCAGUGAUGGCUCGCACAGCCCCAGUCGAGACCCCGCCCCGCCCCCCCAGAAACACAGCUCCUCCAAUAACAAAGUUUCAGGCAGAAAGAGUCCAGACUCCUCGUUUCGCUCCGAGAAGGUGUUGAAGAAGGGAUACGACAAGGUAGGAAGGGCCUACACAGAAGAACUGGUGGACCUCCAUCGCAGACUGAUGGCUUUAAGGGAGCGUAACGUCCUACAGCAGAUUGUGAACCUGAUCGAGGAGACGGGCCACUUCAACGUGACCAACACCACCUUUGACUUUGACCUCUUUUCACUGGACGAGUCCACCGUCCGCAAACUACAGAGCUACCUGGAGGCGACGGCCACGUGACAGGAAGUGGAAACUGGCGUGGGGAAACCGGCCUGUGGAUGGCGGCGGCGGCGGUGGAGGUAGACUCGCCACCACGUCUCCUCUUUUUUUUUAAGGAGUGGACGAGCAGCCACAUCGUGUCGCAGCUGUUUCACAGGCCUGACUGAACCGUCGAACAACUACCACACAAACAGAAACACACGAACAAACACAAGCACACAUGAAGACACACCACCUUCACGUGACGCUGGGGAGGAAACCGAAGGAGGAGGAGGCGGAGGAGCGGAGUGGCUGAACUCCGUCUACAGUCAGGAUUUUCACUACACAUCUCCUUUUUUUUUUGAGUCUGUGCAGAGCUGUGGUAUGCACCCCACACCCCCUCCUUCAACCUCCUGCACUCCCGCCUUUGCAAACCCAAUACUCCCCCUCCUCCUCCUCUUCUUCCUCCUCUUCCCCCCCCCUUCACACGCACACUCCUUACUCGGCAGAACACUUCAGUCCCCUUCCCCCUGCUGUCAGCUGGAGCUCAUUUCUCUCCCGACAUACUCUUUGAGUCGUCUGUGUGUGUGUGUGUGUUGACUGUGCAUGCGAGCGCUGCUGAAGUUUAAGAGGAGAUGUUGUCUUUGUGGUUACCGACUUCUCUUUGUGCGUGCGUGAAGCUCGAGCACAAACAACAGCCAGUUUCCUUCCUUCACACACACGGCAAACAAAUACAGAUUCAGGUAAUAAUUUACUUAAACCACUCCUAUUUAGCCUUUAUAAGCAGUAUAUAAACAUUGAAUGUUGAACACAUUAUAAUGCGGUUGUAAGCAAUUAUAAGUAAGUAGAUUAUAACCCCUCCUACAUGGAGGUCGGCGUAUGAUAAAAUACAAACAAAUGACAAAUGCUGUCCCUUAAUAAACACUUAAAAUGUCCUUAUAUGUGCUUAUAACCACAUUACAGUGUGUUGCAAACCCUUUUAAAAUCUUUACAGUGCUUAUAAAUGUUAAAUGGGGGGGUUAAAGUAAAGUGGUACCCAAAUUCAUGCACAUGUUUGUCUCCCAGGUUCUUACACUUAACACUGUACAUGAAGACACUGAGACGUGAGCUGUAUGUAUGUGACUCUGUUUUGAAUGAGGUUUCUCUGUUGUCUGAACAUUUGAAAACACAUGUUCUGUUGAGUUUCCCCUCUACUUCCUCGCACUGAAAGCUGAGCCUUGACCUCCUACCAACACCCCCCCUCCCCUCUUUCCCACUGAAGCCCCCUCACUCCAUCCCUCCUCCUCCUCCUCCUCCUCCUCCCUUAUUCUCAUAUUGGCGUGCAUGAAAGGGCUCGACUGCUCGCGGCCAGAGCAGUAGAGGAUCACUCCUGAAUUGCCUUCUAAGUGGUGGGUAGGGUCGGGUGGGGAGGGGGGUUCAAAAAAAGCCGUGAAAAAGUAGCCAUACUUGUCUCCCAGAAUCCAAAAAUAAGGAAAAAAAAAAACAGGGGCCACGCUUUUUUACAUUUUAUUUUUCUACAAGUGCAUUUUGUGUAUUUAUUCCCAGACUGCGGUUAAGAUAACCUGUGAGCUAUGAAUGUAUAUCGCUUUUACUUUUCUACGGCUAGCAACAGCCCCACUCUAGUGCCUUUUUCUGCGACUUGCAGUGUGAGGGGGGGGGUGUGCGCUCUGUUAGCCAUGGUCACACAGAUUGAAACCCCCCCAAAUACCCCUCUCGGGGAAACAAGUGUUAAUAGGGAUGCCUGAAUAUCCAGUAUUGUCUUAACGGCUUCCAUCCCUGCUUCUCUUUCUCCAGUGUCUUUGUAGGCUGUGGUCAUUUUUAUCAGUGACAUUUCUGUUAAUCGAGCCCUCUAGAAGUUUUAAAAACUACUAUUUGUUCCCAGACGGUGGUCGUGUUUUUAUGUUCUUGCUUUCUGAGAUUAGGUUCAGUGUUUUAAAGAGGAAGCGUCAGGUGACUGCGUGGUGGUUACAUUAAUUAGCUCUAGUAACAGUUGACUCAGCUGUGGUGUGUGUGUUUUGUGAGACGGUUGUCGUUGAAUAGGGUCGGGGUUCCCUCUUCGGAAGUAUUUGAACUAAUGAUGGAGCGUUUGAUACCAAGUUACCAGGCGCUAGAAGAGCAUCAACAAAAGCAAACACAAAAAGGGCAUGUAGGCAGAAACAUAAGCUACAGAAAACCCUCCCUGUGUUUUCUUUCCCCAAAUAUCUGACAUGUAUCUCUCAGGGGCCUGCAUCAUGAAGCAAGAUCAGACUGAUCACUUUAAUCCAGGACGACCGCUCCCACAAAGCUGGCUCGCUUUAACCAGUUUAGAUCACAAAGGUUCACUUAUCACAUCAAAACCUGUCAACGAUUUGUAAUAAUGAGCACAAAGCAACGGUAGACUCACUCAGCUUUACAUGCUAACUAUAGCAGACAUUUAAGAUGUUUGUAGCACAACCCCCUCCUUUUGUUUGUUUGUAUGGCUUUAUUAGAGAUAACAGAAGAGAGGUGACAGGAAAUGAGAGAUGAGAUGACAGGCAACAAAAGUCCCCUGUCAGACUCAAACCCGGCAGUGUUGCGGUUCAUUGUCAGUAGGGCUAGGUAUCGGUACUCAAUACCUUUUAAAGGUAUCGACCGAAACAACCCAGUACCAAGUAAUAUCAAAUCUUCUCCAGUCAAAUGAUGCCUGCAAUCGAUCCUUUUUGUUCCCAGGUCUAGAAAGAGAUGUUUUGCUCACAGCCAAUCGCCACAAGCGUUGUUCGAUUUAUAGUGACGUGUGAUUGGCUACCGCAACUGCCAUUCACAUAAUGGGUAUCAAAUGAAGUACUCUAUUGGUAUUGGUUUCACUCUAAGGGUACUGGUAUUGGUACUAAUUGUCAGCAUCUUAAGCCUAGCAGUUUCCCACAAUUCUUCUAGCAUGUAGCACAAAGCCGGUUAGCAGUAGUUAUCAAUAUUGAAUGACAUUUACAGUUGCAUUUAAUAAGUUUAUUUUGCAUUACUGAUCCAUUACUGCAGCUCGGAAGAACAUGCAGGGACUGAAAGUGUCAAUGAUCAUAAAUACAAAGAAAUACCCACUAAUAGCAUCUUUAUAAAACAAAUAAUAUCCACACACUGAUCAUUAGCUACUAUUAGAUUAUAUACACAUGUUGAGUAUGUUACUUUUAUUUCAGGACACAUCGGAGUGCAUUAUCACACUGAUGUUGUAGCCACUUACCAAAUGAAAAAGACUGUUUAAACCCACGGUUAGGUUAUCCUUACUAGAGUUAUCUGGCAGCUCAAGUACUGUUGCUAUGGUUACGUGCAGGUUGAUAUGAACUAUGUUUCAGGUGUCCAGAUGUUUAACCUCGUUCAAAUGGACACCUGCCAGCCAAUUAGAGGUUUCUUUUCUUUUCUUUUCUAUAAUGAGCAAUAAUUAAGAUUUAUUCUCAAACCUUUUUAUGUGCACAUUUACUCUCCAGCUUUCUGCAGCAGAAACAGUGUUACUUCUUAAUUUGUUUAUCAAGAAACAAAGAAGCACAAAUGUCAAUGAUCAAUUUCUUCUCACUGUACAACAUGUUGAAAAUGGAGUCUAUAUAAUAAUGCCCACUAUUGGCUACAGUCUAUUAUUUUUAUUAUUUGAUUAUUGCAUUAUUUGACCAUUAAGUUUAUUAUGUUAUAUAUGUAAAUAAUGUUACUGUAUGUUGCCCACUUUUCUUCAUCUUUUUAUUAAAGGGACUCUAUUGAAGAAUCAGAAAUUGCUUGUUAACAGUGACACCUGUUGCCGUUAAGUCAACGACAGUCAAAGUCCUGUUGCUCGUGCUUGUUGCUCGUGCUUGUUGCUCACACUACGUAGGCGUGAAUUUUGGUGUUAACGGACUCCAUUUCUAACCUAACAUUAGCUAUGGUUGCACACUGUUAGCCCUGUAAACGGAGAUGAAAAUAAAGUCACUCGUGAGCGCACAUGACGUCACAUCCGUUGGAAUUCCCUAGAAAAAACGGCCCGUAUUCUUUACAUUAAAAGCAGUCUACAGGCUGACAGAGGAAACCCAGAAAGUCGUGGAAGGUCACAUUUUUUAGGUUAGGUUACAACCUGUUCACAUAUUGGCAAUAAAAAACGAUUAAAAAAGUUUAAUACAUGUAAAAACGUACAUACAGUACCUUUAACUCGCUAAAUAUUACUUUUGCUGCUGCACUGACAAAAUUAACCCAGAGAGAUCCACAAUUUAAUUUUCUAAUAAUGUGAUUCAUUGUUGGCUUUGUGUUAGGCCUCUUUAAAGUCAACAAACUCCCACCCACUUUGGUAAAUUGUGGGUUAAUAGAGCUUAGAGUCAGCUUUGUGAGACCGGUUUCCAGGAUCACCAGUGUUAGGUUUUUGUGAAGCCAGAAAACCCCAAAGAAAGCCAGAAUGAGGUGAACUUGCUUCUUGAUUCAGGCCCCUGUUGUGUUAGUUCCUGUGGCCCCUUUAGGCUCUACACACACACACACACCAGCCCACUGUGGUACAAACCUUCAAUGAGCGAUUCCCUCCCCUCCUCCUGUGUUUUCUUCCUGCCGACAGUGUUUUUAUUCUGACGCUUCGAUAGCUUUAAUACUUCUCUCUCUUUUUCUGUUGCCUGCCCGGCUCAGCGACAUGUACACACUCCCUCUGCCCUUACUGUAAACGCCGUCUGAGCACGGAAAAAUGUCUCAAAUAAGAAAAAAAAACGUGGAUUCCUGCCGCCUUAUGUGCCCUGCAGUAACCCCCCUCCUGCCCUCACUUCUUCCCCCGUCCCACCCUCAUUUUUCUCUAGGUGUGCCUCUGUCAACAGAACUUCAGGCCGUGAUUACUGAGAAUGAACUUUGCAACUUGUGUGAGUGACGUUUGUGCGUCUGCGAGUGUGUUUGUCGAGUGAUAGGAGAAAUUUUAAAAACCAACCUUCCUGUCCUCUUCUCUGUGCAUCGAUGUGGGAACUUUUAAGUCCUAGUUCAUGAACUCUGACCUUUGACCAGGCACUCAUUCAGUCCCUUGUGGUGGUUGAGAAGGGGAGGUUACGUGGGGACUCGAGAGAAGCCCCACUGUCUACCCACAGUCAAUGUUUUAUUUAUGGACCUCUGCACUUUUGGCUGUGAUGACUUCAGUACUUAAGUAGUUACCUGAACUGUAUUUUUAAGGGUUUUAUACAAUAUUUACAUGCAAUACAAUAUGAAUUGAUUUUUGUUUUCUUUGCCAACCAUUUUUUUUUUGUUUGUUUCUUAUUUAAUUGUCUUUAUUUUGGCAUGAUUUGUCACUAUUAUUCACAAACAAACGUGCCCGUUGGAUCUAUUUCAGGCGUAAAACGUUAUGGGGGAUGUUCCCUGUAUGUUUUUCUGUGUCAUGACUCUGAUGACAGCUGAACACCAAGAAGCAGGUGUAGGAAAAUGUUUGCUGGAUGAGCUAAACUUUAUCACCGUCUGCUUCCAGUAGGAAUAACUGGACCAGAACCAGUCCAACACUUUGGUUCAGGGAACUGAACUGUUGAGCUACAAAUGUUUAUUUUCUGUGUCAUGUCCAGUUAUUAUUUGAGUUUCUUUUCUACUCAUUCAUAGAAUUUUUCACCCAAACAAAAACGGUCACCUAAUUUUAUUCUGUUAUGAUAACUUGAGCCUGAAGAAACACAUCAUAGGAAACAAUAGAGUUGUGAAGUGGGUUGGAGCUGUUUUGAGCGCCCCUGGUACCGGAAGUGAAAAUGCCAUUCAUUUUUUCCCACAGACAGUGUUGUGUUAUGUUACUCACUGCUGGAGCACUUUUACUGCUUGGAUCAACAUGAAACUCUCACGAUUCAAUCACGGUUCAAAUGAUUUAAAAACUGUUAGAAAAUAUAUAAAUAAAUCAGUUCAAUUAUCAUUUUUGGUUCACUUCUGGAUGAAUUCCACCAAAAAGCGUUUUGUUAAAGGGAAAAUUUGCCACCUUUUAUGUGGAUGUCCGAUCAGUGUGCUGAUGGUAAAUGUAGAUAAUAUAUAAAUUCCCCAGUGCGUGCUAUAUUAAUCGAGAAAGCUGAUCUCUCUCUCUCUGCAGAGCCUUGCCGGCAGUGCCUACAUGUACCAGGAUGCAUUGCAUGUAAGCGGCGAGUUACUUAUGUCUGAAAAAUAGUCAAAAUCUUACAAAAUGUCAAUGAAGGCAUUAUUCUUACACCUAAACAGAAAAAUACAACCGUACUUUAAUUUUCUCUGUUACGCCAAACUAAGACGAGCUUAAUUGCCUCGUUAACUCAUCAUAAAACACACUUUCAAACUGGACAGAAACAAAAUAAAAGUCACCAAAAUCAUUAGUCCGUUAGUCUUUCCACUAUUCCAACAAUCAGCCACUCUGGUUUGGUAGAUUUAAAUCCUUAA